AAACCCCUCCAGUAUCUCUGCCAAGAAAACCCCAAAUAGGGUCAUGAAGAGUCAGAUGAGACUGAAACGACUGGAUGACAACAAAAGUAUGUAGCAUUAAAGGCCCGUCUGAGUUUAGCUAGCAGAACUCUGCAGUGGACUCAGUCUACAAUUUUGUAGUCACCUCUAGCUCUUUUCAGUAGCAGCAGUAAAGGGGUUGGAGGCAGAUGGGGGGGGGUCCAGGGUUAGGAUUAAUCUCUCAAGUAGAUAAUGACUUUCCACCUUGGAUCACGCAUAGGUAACACUUUGUAUCUCUUAAUGCAUUUUUCAGUAUUGUGCUUUUUGGUCACUUUUGUGUCUCAUCCUAGACUUGAGUUUCAUGGCAGCAGCAACCAGAGUUUAUUUAAAUUGUUUCUGCCUCAAAGAAUAGCACGGCUGCUGCCUGUGUUAGGUGCUUGAUAGAUGGCAGCUGAAUGAAUAGAUGAAUAAACUGUGCUCGCUUCACGCUAUGAGCAGGUGGACUCCUGUGACAGAGAACAUUGCAGAAGACAGAUUUGGCUUUGGAUUCCUUUGUGCUCCCAGUAGAGAAACACUCCUUGUUACCUCUUCCCCAGGAGAAACAGACCGGAGAACUGGGCACCAGCCUACACACAGAUGGAUUUCCCUGACGAUCUCUUUCCCACGUUCUUUUUGCCUGGUCCCCCUGGCCUGAGUGAUUCCCCCGGCUCCUAUCUGGCCCCUGCUUGGAGUGACUAUAUGCAGCUGCUGAAGCCCCCCCAGACCCAGGAUCCGUCGGUUAACCCACAGCAUGAGGCGUCUUAUGUGACGAAGUGGGGAAGAUGGAGGUCUGACAGUCCUGGGCCCCUGCCCUUCCUGCGCCCCGGUGCUGACCCCUGGGACUCUGAGCUGACCUCCCGAGAUCUGCUCUUCCGGGGGAGACUGAGGCAUCCAUUCGGGGCCAAAGCAACGAUAGAUGUUAUAGAUCAGCUCAACCAGUUCUUGAGGGAUCACGGGGACAUUGCCUUCGGGCCCCUAGGAAAGCUGCUGCAGGAGAAUUUUAACCUGGGAGAACCAAAGAAAUCCCGCAAGGGCAGGACGGUGAUGAAUGCAGAACGAUUGCUCCAGGACCUCGGUGGACAUCAACCCAAGGGGUGCCCCUGGGCGCACCUGAGCACCCGUCAGCGACGGUUCUCCCUCCUGGGGGGCACGGUGCUGGGUGAGGAAGUGGAAGGUCUGCUUGGGGGGCUGCUGCAUGAGGAACUGGAGGGCCGCUGGAAGGAGCUGCUGCUGGAUGAAGCCUCUACGGGCGGGGCUCUCGGUUGGGUCCCAGGGGCCAAACCCCAUGUUGGGCAGCUGGUCUACCCUGCCGGGCGAGCCUAUGACCAGCUGAAUUUCCAGAAGGUAAAGCUGUCCCCCACCAGCGAGCCCCAGGCCCUUGGAGACCCAACUCGCAUCUUGCUCCGGGGACCAGUCCGGCAGGUGGUGACCCGCACAGUCCAGGAGGAAGCUCUGGUGGCUGUCCGCUCUGAUCAUCACUGUGCUGUGUGGAAGAUCAGUCGUCAAGGGCAUCCCGAGCCCCUGCAGGUGCUGGGUAUGGAGAAGGGAGCCACAGGGAUCAGCCUCAGCCCUCAUCUUCCCGGAGAGCUGGCAGUCUGCAGUCGCUCGGGAGCUGUGUGUCUCUGGAGCCCCCAGAAUGGGCUGCAGCAAAUACACAAGGACCCUGAGACCCUUGUGUUCAAGGACCCCUCUUCGUGGCGCUGGGCAGACUUCACCGCUCACCCCCGGAUGCUGACUGUCGCUGACCGCACUGGAGUCAGACUCACAGACGUUCGGGGUCCCUCAGACUGUGGUGAGCUCCUUUUCCGUGUAGGGGCUGAAGCCUCGUGUCAACGAGGGGAGCGGAUCUUAUUGGCUCAGUACUUGGGGACGUCCAGUCCUCUCUCCCUGAGUCCCACCCUCCAUCUCAUCUGUACCCAGUUCUCUCUCUACCUGCUGGACGAGCGUCUGCCUCUUGUCCCAAUGAUGAAGUGGACCCACGCGCUCAUGUCUCCUCCACUGCUGGCUCAGCUCCUGCCCCCACCCCGUCCGGGGGCGCCUCUUCCCUUGCUGCUCGGGGGACUUGGGGGUCACCUGCGGAUGUUGCAUCUCUCAGGAGGGUCCAGUCGCAGCCCUCAGCUGGCAGCACCACCGCAGUCACUGCCUUCGCUCGGCGACUCGCUCCCUGGCUUCCCGGUCCUCGAGCCGCACGGUCAGCAGCUCCUGCAGGAGCGUCUCAAGGCCCCCCUCACAGGCUUGACUGCUGUCGUACCACCACGCUGUCCCAGUCCCACCAUGCUGCUGUUCCAACUCUCAGCCGCCGGAGAUGUUUUUUAUCAGCGUCUCUGGCUCCAGCCAGACACCACUUCCACAAAUGCUGACUCUCUCCAAGAUAGUAACUCUUCCACUGACCACGCUGAUGACCCAGAGCUCGAUUCUCACGACCAGACCUCUGCUCUGCCGUCCUUGGACGCAGCUCCUGACCCCGGUGCUGCUUCCUGGAAUCCACGGGCUGUUGCGUGCUGCCGCCGUUGGCUGAAGACCCUGCUGCAGGUUCCCCAAGCUCUCCCCUCUUGGACACCCCCUACUUUCUCCCAACGCUAUCUCCGAUGGUUGAAGGAUGAAGACAAAGGGAAGGUCCGAGAGGGCCUCCGGGCCGCCAUGACUGAAGGCCGGCUGCUGCAACAAGGGGACCUGGGACCCCUCCCUCCCUCAGAGCCUCCCCCUGCACACGAGCCCUUUGGUCCUGAGGACAAGUUGACCGAACGUUUGGAAGCCUCCUGGGAGGGGAAGGGAGCCAUUUGGUGGGACAGCCAGCAAGGCGGCAGCCAGGUACCUAGAAAGCGGCAGUCACGGGAGAAGAGGCGGACCCAGCUCUCCAGCUCUUUCUCGUCUGUCAGAACCACCUCUGACUUCUCUGACGUCGACGGUCACCAUGAGGCUCCUAGCCCCCUCCACAGGACAUCUGAAGCUUCUCAGUCUCUGGAGCUGUCUCAGGAGCCGUGGGCCCGGAGCGUACCCCGUGAACGGCGACAGACGCUUCGAGACUAUCUUGCAGUCCUCCCUCCUCUAGACUCAGGAAGCCGCUCUACCCCCCAAUCCCAGAAUCCAAGCAGCCAGAACUUCCCCACCUCUGAGCAGGGGAGGUGCUCAGUGCCACGCUCCCAGAAUCCAAGGACCCAGACCCUCCUCUCUCCCCACCCAGGGAGCUCCUCUGCCCCCUGCACACAAAAUCCAAAUAGUCAGAGCCUCUUCUCCCCUGACCCAGGGUUCAGCUCUGUGUUCCACUCCCAGAAUUCAAGCAUCCAGAGCCUGCCCUCCCGACACACUCCUUCCCUUGCAGGCUCACAACCGCUCAAGAAGAAACCCCGCAUGGGCUUCUGAGGACUUUUGUGGAUCAUAGGAUCCCCAGAAAUCCCUGGACCUCAUAGGAUUGUAGCUUUAGACUAGAAGGAAUCUAGUCCAGCUUCCUUGUUUCACAGAUGAGGAAACUGAGGCCCAGAAAGAUUUGCACAAGCGUUAAAGAUCAUUACCCAAUGCUACCUCCUUAUUACCUUGCAGAAUUGAUGAAGUUCACUCUGUCUGGCUCUACCGUCAGGGAGUUGGACCAACCUUGGUGUUCAGGAAAAGUUUUCAGCUCACUUUGCCCGGAAGAGUCCGCAUCUGGCCCAUUUGCUUUAUAUAAUACUCUUUGAGUUCAUGGGAGAUCACUGGAAGGCAGCCUACCCUCACUUUGUGCCCUGGUUCUGACACUUUCAGUAACUAUACCAUUUGGCCUUGGGUAUUUCUUUUUCACAGUGGCCAAAGCCAAAUGAGGAAGAGUCCCUCUGCUGUUGGCCAUGAUAUUGAGCAUCGUGAUGCCCCUGAGCCAGUGCAUGAAGCUUUUUAAAAGGGCGGCACUCAGCCUCAAGAAAAGUCUCAGUUUCACCAGGGAAAAUAGAUAUCUUUGAAGGAGGGACUUUGAAGGCCAGGCUGAGGAGUGUGAGUGAGAAGCCAUCUCGUAGCUGCUGGCUCGGGUUUCUCCAUUGACAUCAACUCAAUUUCCAAACUCUGAAGCUUUAAAAUUUAAAAUUUUCUACUGUUCGCUAACUCCCUUCUUCCGAAUGAGCUGCUAAUCCCUUCACUGUGACCUUCAAGCUAAUGAAUACAUAAUCGAGACUCAGAACUUCCCACAUUCCAACUUUCAAGCUCAUCGAUCUCCUUAUGUGUCUAAGCUGAUCAUCUGUACUCUUGGAUAUCACCAGAGGCUGAUAAUAGGGAAAAGCUGAGAUAUGUGGGGGCGGGGGGCUGUAACUUAAAAGUAUAGAAUUUUACUGGGGGGGAGGGGAAGGUCUUCAUUAUAUGAAUAUAUAAUGCCUUAAAGAAGCCAAAGGAAUAUAAGUUAAAAACUAAGUUAUGUGUUUGUUGUCACGUGGAAUAUUUUGCAAGGAACUGACUGAUGUAUCAAAAGAUAGAGAUAAAGACACUUCUCUGGAAGAAAAGUAUAAGCUGAAUUUGGGGCAGGGGGAACCCUUAUGGACAGACUUAUAUCUAUUUAUAUUUCUCAGUGUUUUCUACAUAAAAAGUACCAAAUAAAUAUUUGCUGAUU